AUCCAUAUUCCGGACCAGGGGGCGUAGGUUUGACCGGCUUCUCGGAGGCUCAGACACAAUGAACCGUCAGACGGUGAGAGACACGCAUGUUGGGUCGGAGGUACUGGCACCGUUUUAGCACAUUGUUAUCCUCAAUUGUGCCUUUUCUUUGAUUUGCCUAGUCGUUUUCAAAGUACUGAUACACUGUAUGGCGGUAACAAGGCGCAGCUGGAAACGGUUGGUUCGUCGAGUUUGACGAAAACGAGGUCGGGAUCAGACUAACCGUUAGCCCCUCCUGGCGGAUUUUUUUUCGUUGUUUUUUUUUUUUUCUGAAGCCAACAAAACAAGGCAGAUAACAAUGUCGUUGACUGCUUCAUCUGAUUAUUUUGCUGCCGAGUGUCUGGUAUCGAUAUCCAGCGGUCCAGUCCUGCACAGACCCACCCCGGUCGCCCCCGCCAGCCAGCCGGCCACCGUGGGCCUGCUCCCUGGGGAGCCCGAUGGGUCGAGCGAGGACAGGGAAGUGCGGGAGACGCUCAGGCUGGAGGGGGCGAACAUGAUGGCGGUGGCCGGUAUCCUAACCGACCUGCACGGUAAGUUCCGCCCCAUGUCGGCUUACUCGGAGAGCAGCAACUCCUCGUGUGGUGGGGAGAGCGGUUACACCACGUUGUCCGAUCCGACCACCCCUACCAUGACCCCCUCCGCCACCCCGGUCCCCGGACAGCAGCACCACCACCACCAGCAGCAGCUGAGGGGGGGAGGAGGCGGAGGCGUGGGGGCCCCGCGCUCCCCGGUGAAGCGACAUCAGUGCACUUUUGACGGAUGCGACAGAGUUUACGGGAAAUCGUCUCACCUGAAGGCACACAUCCGGACACACACAGGUGAGAGGCCCUUCCCAUGCACCUGGCCCGACUGUGAGAAGAAGUUCGCCCGCUCUGAUGAGCUCGCCCGCCACACCCGCACCCAUACGGGGGAAAAGCGCUUCCUCUGCCCACUGUGCGAUAAGCGCUUCAUGCGCAGCGACCACCUGAUCAAGCAUGCCCGUCGCCACCCUGACUUCCAGCCUUCCAUGUUGGGACGCAACAAGGGCGCAUCCUUCUCCACCAGCCCAGCAACGCUCCAUUAGAUGGUGUGGGUUGGCCAGGGGCUUCAUGGCAGGAACACAGAAGGGUCACAGUGGCUUCAAAUUAACCAACAACAAUCAGAUCCACUGAUUAGGAUUUAGCAUUGCUGUGUUGUACUCGAAAAUGUGCACAUAACACACAAAUACACAAGCCAACACACACACAGCUGGAUGUCAGGGGGGGGAAGUGUCUCUCCAUCCACACAGAUGAGUCAUGCGACCACUAUCCACUUGCUCACCAUAACUAGGGUUGGGUAUAGAGAAUGUUCCAAAUCUAAAAGAACUUGGGAUUCGUUAAGAAAUGUGCUUUUCGAUUCCUCUUAUCGUUUCCUGAAUGCAAAGUUUGUACGUACCGCGCUUCAUUUUUAUUGCCGGUUACACGUGUAUCAAAGCAUGUGUAUAAUGUUUACAGUAUGGUAUGGUAGCAUAAAGACAGUAACGAUGCAGUGAAAUGUAAUCACUGCAUGACAGUAAAUACAUGUAAGGGAAAAAGGUCUAAUAUGACACCACAGUUGGACAAUGGUCAAAGAAUGAAGCAUUUUUGAUGUCCUGUAUCAUGACACAGAGAAAUUAAAUGGUGAAACCUUUUUAUAGAUCAAAUAACAAGAUGGCAAUGUCUGUUUUUCGGUUAAUCCACUGAAUUAAAUACAGGACAAAUCAAGGUACUUCAUCACAUUGAUGCAAAAAUUCUGUAAAACCAAUGAUAUGAAGCAUUCCUGCUCAUUGAUUUGCUUAAUACGACUAUAUUAUUAGGCUUAGAUGCUGUGGAAAGCAAAAACCUAACCUAAAUCAUUCAACCUUCGCAGGUCACAGCAGAGAAUAUUUAUAUCUUCUUUUUUUUUAUAACCAAAAACAAAUCACAAAAUACGUCCUCAUUUAUUACAUGCUAAUAGCAGCGUAAAUCUUAUGAAAAUAAACAUGUUUUUUUGCUUUAACAUACUUUGGUUUCUUUUCUCACUCAGGAUUCGAUGAGAACGGGAAUCAUUAAGCAGAUUGGAAUCAAUAAAAUAAACCCAACCCUAAUAAAAAAAUAACCUCAUUAUCUUUAACUGAAAUGCUUUCACAGAUUGCAGGGAUUUUUUUCACAUUUUCUGUAGAAAUCAGCCAAAACUCCUUUGUUUUUCUUGUAGUUAAUUUGUAGAUUAUUGCGCUCUUCGGUAAUAUUUCUUUACCAUGAGUCGCACAAUAUUUUGAUGUUAGUUAGCGAGGCAGUGACUAGAAGCCUUUUAGCUUUUGUUUUCUUUUAGCUUUGCUGAUUCCAUAUAAAAGUUUUAGUGGUGGCACAUUCCUCUUAUUUUUAUUGCAUUAGUAACCAUCAUUGAGGCGAUUUGUAAUUUUUUUUUUUGUUUGUUUGUUUAUCCAGUUUAAUUAUAGAUCCGAUAUAAAUUUUGGCAGAAAGUGGAUCAAACUUCACUGUAGAAGUGCUGUUUGCAUGCCAUCCUUAAGUCUAGAUCAGUUAUCACCCGUGAAAUGCUGACACAUAAUACACAGAUGUGUAACGUCUAAUACUGAUGCAAUUGUAUAUAAGCUUCAAGCUUUUAAUAUAGAAAACUGGUAAUGCUACUAGCAGCAGAAUUAAUACGUGAUGAAUUGUAGUCCUUAUAUUAGGGGUGACAGUAUACACUUGAUAGGAUGGCAUUGCCUGUGAGUGUCAGUGUGUAUGUGUUUUUUUUUAUUUACAUUUUUGUUAGCGACAGAAUUGGGGGUGGGGGGGAGUGUGUAUGCGACAGUAUCAAAAUAUUUUGGGGAGGGAAAAAAAAGAUGACACGAGUUGAGCUUGACUUUCAGCCUGCUGCCUUUCAAAGUAAAAGCAUCCAUCAGACGCCAGAACACAUUUCAGGAUUGGGUGUGCCAGGUGUUUGUUCUUUACAGUUUAAGCAGCAGAUAAAUGUCACAUAAUGCUGUUAGAACUAUUUGUAUGAGAAGCAAAAUUGGUAUAAAAACUGGUAAAGUACAUUUCUCAUCACCACUUUC